AUGCUCUCGGGACACAUGCCUGGAGGUGCCCACAGGAUCCUCUCUCUGAUAACCGUGGUGUUCGUCCUGCCAGAGGUGUCCGGCCUCCAGUGUUAUGGCUGUAACAUCAUCGUUGGCACCAAAAAUGUGGACACGGGGUGCUCUAAACCAGAGGUGAUCACCUGCUCCCACUCCCACCAGGGCUUCAAACACCGGUUCUGCAUUAAGACAGAGAGUGUGGUCCUGGGCAUCCUGCUGACCAGCGGCUGUGCCACCUCCCGUCACUGCCAGCAGCAGGAGCUGCCGGGGGUCCGCAUCCACUGCUGUGACACAGACCUCUGCAACGGGGCCCCCCGAGCCCCCCGGCCAGCCCCCAGCCUCGCCAGUGGCUCUCUCCUGCUGCCCUGCGUCCUUGCUGCCCUGCUCCUCUCCUGA